AUUGCUAGAAACUCCUAAGGGGUUCGCGCUCAGUGGUUGCACGUCCUUUUUCCGCUUCUUCUCUCCUCCUCACCUCUUCCCCCUCAGCCCCGUACCAAGAUGGCGGCAGAAGCAGCUGUUGGGAAGUACAGGAGCACAGUCAGCAAAAGCAAAGACCCCUCGGGGCUGCUCAUCUCCGUGAUCAGGACUCUCUCUACAAGUGAUGAUGUGGAAGACAGAGAAAACGAGAAGGGCCGUCUGGAAGAAGCCUAUGAAAAGUGUGACCGAGACCUGGAUGAGCUGAUUGUGCAGCACUACACCGAGCUCACCACGGCCAUCCGCACUUAUCAGAGCAUCACUGAGCGCAUCACCAACUCUCGGAAUAAAAUCAAGCAGGUAAAGGAGAAUCUGCUUUCCUGCAAGAUGUUGUUGCAUUGCAAACGGGAUGAGCUCCGGAAGCUGUGGAUUGAAGGAAUUGAGCACAAGCAUGUCCUAAAUCUGUUGGAUGAAAUUGAGAAUAUCAAGCAAGUGCCUCAAAAACUGGAACAGUGCAUGGCCAGCAAGCACUAUCUUAAUGCCACGGACAUGCUGGUGUCAGCGGUAGAUUCUUUAGAGGGCCCUCUCCUUCAGGUAGAGGGGCUGAGUGACCUGAGACUGGAGCUUCACAGCAAGAAGAUGAACCUACAUUUGGUUCUCAUAGAUGAGUUGCACCGGCACCUCUACAUCAAAUCAACUAGCCGUGUUGGCCAGCGGAAUAAAGAAAAAGGAAGAAUGAGCUCUCUCAUGAAAGAUGCUUCCCCAGUUCCUCUGAUUGACAUCACAAACCUGCCAACACCUCGAAAGUUUCUGGAUACAUCUCAGUUUGGUACUCCUGGCUGCUCGACUGUAAGAGAAAUGAACCUGCAGGAUAUCAAGGAAGAUUUGGAGCUGGAUCCAGAAGAGAAUAGUAACCUCUUCAUGGGUAUUCUCAUCAAGGGGCUGGCCAAACUGAAGAAGAUUCCAGAAACAGUUAAGGCUAUCAAGGAACGCCUGGAACAAGAGCUAAAGCAGAUUGUUAAGAGGUCCACCACUCAGGUAGCAGACAAUGGCUACCAGAGAGGAGAGAAUCUUUCUUUGGAGAACCAGCCAAGAUUGCUUCUAGAGCUUCUGGAGCUUCUUUUUGACAAGUUUAAUGCUGUGGCUGCUGCGCAUUCCAUGGUCUUAGGAUACCUCCAGCAGACUGUUGUGCCCCCAUCAACUCAGCAUGAAGACAUCAAAUUGUAUGAUAUGGCAGAUGUUUGGGUCAAGAUACAAGAUGUCCUGCAGAUGCUGCUGACUGAGUACUUGGAUAUGAAGAAUACUCGAACAGCUUCAGAACCAUCAGCUCAACUUAGUUAUGCCAGCACGGGUCGGGAAUUUGCAGCUUUUUUUGCCAAAAAGAAACCUCAAAGGCCAAAAAACUCCCUCUUUAAGUUUGAGUCGUCCUCCCAUGCCAUUAGCAUGAGCGCCUAUUUACGUGAGCAGAGACGAGAGCUCUAUAGCCGGAGUGGGGAACUUCAAGGAGGACCUGAUGACAACUUAAUUGAAGGUGGAGGAACAAAAUUUGUCUGCAAACCUGGAGCCCGAAACAUAACGGUCAUAUUCCAUCCAUUACUCAGGUUUAUUCAAGAGAUCGAGCAUGCCCUGGGACUGGGCCCAGCCAAACAGUGUCCUCUUCGAGAGUUUCUCACUAUGUAUAUCAAAAAUAUAUUUCUCAACCAAGUCCUGACUGAAAUCAACAAAGAGAUUGAAGGUGUCACCAAAACGUCUGACCCUUUAAAGAUCCUGGCCAACGCGGACACCAUGAAAGUCCUGGGAGUACAGCGGCCUCUCCUCCAGAGCACAAUAAUUGUGGAGAAGACUGUGCAAGACCUCAUGAACCUCAUGCAUGACCUGAGUGCAUACUCUGAUCAGUUCCUCAACAUGGUGUGUGUGAAGCUCCAGGAGUACAAGGAUACCUGCACAGUCGCCUACAGGAGCAUUGCCCAGUCAGAGGAGAAACUAGUAAUCAGUGCCUCCUGGGCAAAAGAUGAUGACAUCAGCAGACUUUUGAAAUCUCUGCCAAACUGGACUAAUAUGGCUCAACCCAAACAGCUGAGACCCAAGAGAGAAGAGGAAGAAGAUUUCAUAAGGGCAGCCUUUGGCAAGGAGUCUGAAGUUCUAAUUGGGAACCUCGGUGAUAAAUUAAUCCCACAACAAGAGAUCCUACGUGACGUCAGUGAUCUGAAAGCUUUGGCCAACAUGCAUGAGAGCUUAGAGUGGUUGGCAGGACGAACAAAAUUAGCUUUAUCCAAUCUUUCAACAUCUCAAAUGCCCUCCCCUGGCCAAGAUAACCACAUGAGCCUAGACCUCCCUUCAGGCUCCGAACAGAUCGUGCAGACCCUCGGGGAACUGGCCAAGUCUUUCCAGGAGAUGGCUGACCGUUGCCUGCUGGUUCUACAUCUGGAAGUCAGAGUUCACUGUUUUCACUAUCUCAUCCCUCUGGCAAAGCAAGGGAAUUAUGCCAUCGUCGCUAAUGUGGAAAGUAUGGACUAUGACCCUCUGGUGGUGCGACUUAAUAAAGACAUAAGUGGCAUUGAAGAGGCCAUGAGUGCCAGUCUCCAGCAGCACAAGUUCCAGUAUAUCUUUGAAGGCCUGGGCCACUUGAUUUCCUGCAUCUUGAUCAAUGGCGCCCAGUACUUCCGGCGUAUCAGCGAGUCUGGCAUCAAGAAGAUGUGCCGCAACAUCUUUGUGCUUCAGCAGAAUUUGACCAACAUCACCAUGUCGCGAGAGGCAGACCUGGACUUUGCAAGGCAGUACUACGAGAUGCUGUACAACACAGCCGAUGAGCUCCUCAACCUGGUGGUCGACCAGGGGGUGAAGUACACGGAGCUGGAGUACAUUCACGCCUUAAAUUUGCUGCACCGAAGUCAGACAGGUGUCGGGGACCAGACCACGCAGAACAUGAGACUCCAGCGCCUCAAAGAGAUCAUCUGCGAGCAAGCCGCCAUCAAACAAGCCACCAAGGACAAGAAAAUAACCACUGUGUAAUCCCUGCCUCUUGGCCUCCUCUCCUAUGGCAGGGGCUGGGGCGAACUGCCCCAGGCUUCUCCUGCCUUCCCAGCCACGGCACAUCCAUGUAUGUUCCCUUUGGUUUUGCGCUCUCUCUCUCUCUCUCUCUCUCUCUCUCUCUCUCUCUCUCUCUCUCUCUCUCUCUCUCUCUCUCUCUCUCCUUGUCUCUCUCUCUCCUUGUCU